AUGGCAUCCGCGAAGAGCAGCAACAAACCGUUCGACGUUUUGGUAAAACUCCUACUCAUCGGCGACUCCGGGGUCGGGAAAUCCUGCCUCCUCCUUCGCUAUUCCGACGAUAAAUUCACGACAUCCUUCAUAACCACGAUUGGCAUCGACUUUAAAAUCAAAACGAUAGACUUAGACCAGAAGAAAGUGAAGAUGCAAAUAUGGGACACCGCGGGGCAAGAGCGGUUUCGAACGAUCACGGCGGCGUAUUAUCGAGGCGCGCACGGGGUUUUGUUAGUGUACGACGUGACGGAUGAGACGAGUUUUGAGAACGUGAGGAACUGGAUGAGGAAUAUUGAAGCGCACGCGAGCGAAGCGGCGAAAGUGUGUUUGAUCGGGAACAAGUGCGAUUGCGAAGAUUCGAAGAGGAAAGUGACGAAAGAGAGAGGGGUGGCGUUGGCGAAAGAGUUCGGGGUGCCAUUUUUUGAGACGAGCGCGAAGAGUGGGUUGAGAGUGGAGGAGGCGUUUAGCUCGAUGGCGAGAAGAUGCGUCGGGGAGAGCAAGACGAAUAACAACAAUAGUAACAACAGCGGGGGUGGCGGGACAGUCAGGCUGAGAGAGACCGCGAAGGGUGGAAGUAAGAGUAGUUGCUGUUAG